AUGAUAGUUCAUUACAUUAUGGAUGUUAAUAAAACAAAUAACAUUAAUGAUGAUGAUGAUGAUAAUGAAUAUUAUAAAUGUCCAGUACAUCAUAGAUGUUUAGAAUUUCUAUGUAGAAGUUGUAAUGUUAUGUUAUGUGCAAAUUGUAGUAUCUCUGCAUGUCAUCGUGGUCAUGUGAUAGAGGAUUUCGAUACAGUCGUUCAGACAUUACACAGCAAUGGACAGUUACAACAGAGAUUGGAUGAACUAUGGUUAAAGACAAAAGAGAACGAUCUGAUGAUUGAAAGGUUCAAAAAGACAGAGGAUGAAGUCACUGAAUACUAUAGUCAGCUACACGAAUUCCUAAUGGUAGAAGAACACAAAAUAAAGAAACCUCUGCGGAACGAGAGAGAGAAAGCAGAACAAAAUAUACAAUCGAUAUUACAAGAGAUGAAAGAGAUCAACAAUGUAAUUGCAACGGUUUCAAAUUAUACAAACAAUAAGAAUAGAGUUGGGAAUGACAAUGAAAACGAACAACAACAAAACCAUCAUCAUCAUCAUCAUCAACAACAACAACUUAGUCCAUCUACAAUCUGUACAAAAAGAAAAUAUAAUGAAAUAUGUCAAGAAAAAGAAAAAGAAAAAGAGAAUAGUAAUAAGAUAUUAAUGUGUGAGCAAGAAGGUGAAGAAAGAGAGGAAGAAGAAGAAGAAGCUGUGAUAGAUGAACACUUGAAUCUGGAUAUAUGUAUAGAAAAAGUUAUGAAAUCUAUCAGAGAUAUGGGUAGUGUUUCAGAGUUGAUCGAGAAGAACAGUGCGAUGUUUCAGGUGAAUCAAUGUGAGAAACCAAUAGAGUUGCUUCAUUUGGUGCAAAAGUAUAUGACCCUGAUGAAGUGUAAUGGCGAUCCUAAUCCUCCACCCUCGUGUGUUUUGAGACUGUUGGACAUUGAGAAAGCACAGGCCUUUCUUGGACGUAUCUACGAGUUGCUCGAUGGCGAGCCGACUCACGACCGCGCAAACUACCUCUUUACGACCGGUGCCGACGGCAGCUUCAUAUUCGAUAUCUCCAGCAGCAAGUGGACAAAGAUAAGUGAUGAUCCCGAGCACGAGCAUCGUAGACUGCCGCUCUACUCGGUGGUUUCCGACGGACGCUGCAUCUAUGUGUUUGGCGGUCACAAUUGUUCGGCCACCUACAGCAGACUUUGCAUCGAGUCGACGUCGUGGGACAAGAGUGGCGCCAUCACCACUGGCGAAGGUGGCUAUGGAAUCUCUGCUUGCUAUGAUGGCGCGCGCUACAUCUACUUGACGGGCGGCUGCUACAACAAGAUCAACCUCAAGAGAAUCGACCGUUUCGACACACAGACACUGACGUUCAGCCGCGUUGGAAACAUGGCACAACCACGUGUCGGAUCGUACAGCUUCUAUCACGCUGGCUGCAUCUACAUCGUUGGCGGUGUCCGCGAACGAAUGGACUGGCCAACGGUGUUGGUUUUCGACACCGUUCAGGGAAAGCUAUCGACGUUGAUCGAAGACAUCGGCAUCGUUCAAUUGAUUAUCAGCGCUUGCUUCGACGGCAACGAUCUCAUCUACAUUCUCGACAAACAAAAGAAUUUCUUUACGAUAUCGAUCAGCACGAAAACCAAGACUGUACUGUCGUCGCCCAACAUCACCGGUUGCACGACAGGCACUCUCUCCACUAUCUAUCUAAACACAUGUAAUAUCAACAGUGAAACAUACAGUUUACUCUACGGCGAGGUCUAUCUUAUCGGUGGCAAACAAUAUGGCAACCAUAUCUAUUGUGUAGGAAGUAACACCUGGCACUUUGUCAACGACCACGACCAACAAAACAGAGUUUCAAACGGUUCGAUCAAAUUCUUAAAAAACAAACCAAAAGCUUAA